UGUUAUUUUGUGUGUCUAAGGGAAGAGUCGGAAUGAAUAUGGAAGAAGGUUCCAAAGUGUUUUGAAGUAUUCAAGUUCGUUCAAGUUGUCGGUAUCAGUGAUGUGAACUUCUUUUGUAGACCUGCGGACAGUGUAGGGGUAUAACGGUAGAUGUUUAAUAAAUCGAUUUAAAAUGGAAGGACGGGAUACAAAUGAGCACCUUCUAGCCUUGAAAGUGAUGCGUCUGACAAGACCAACUUUGUGUAGUCCUGCUAUUGUUACCAGUGAUUCUAAAGAUCUCCCUGGAAAUCUUUUAAACAAUGACCUCAAGAAUGAUAUCACAUCGGUCCCUGGGAUAGAAACUUUGGCUGCAGGGCAAUUUCUGUUACUGCCACAGAGUUUUGGAAAUAUCUACCUCGGUGAAACAUUCUCAAGCUACAUAUGUGUGCACAAUUAUAGCAGUCAAGUUGCAAAGCAUGUAUCUGUUAAGGCUGAUCUGCAGACUAGUUCCCAGCGCAUUCCAUUAUCAGGCCAUCAGAUGGAAAGUGUUGCUGCUGAGCUUCAUCCUCAGGACAUACUUGAUGACAUCAUCCAUCAUGAAGUUAGGGAAGUUGGCACUCACAUUCUUGUAUGUGAAGUGAAUUACAUGUCACCAACACAGGGUCAACUGACAUUUCGCAAAUUCUUUAAGUUCCAAGUUCUCAAACCAUUGGAUGUAAAAUGGAAGUUUUACAAUGCUGAGGACGUCAUUUCAGAUGAAGUGUACUUGGAAGCCCAAGUUCAGAACAUAACAACAAGCCCCAUCUGUUUGGAGAAAGUUUCUUUGGAAUCUUCUCAUCUGUUUAAUGUAACUGCAUUGAACACAACAAUGGAUGAAGAAUCUGUCUUUGGGCAUGUCAAUGUGCUACAGCCUCAGGCCAGUCGUCAGUUUCUCUACUGUCUUGCUCCUCAGGCUAGCCUUACCUCAGACCUACGGCUUCUCACUGGUGCUACUAAUAUCGGAAAACUGGACAUUGUGUGGCGAUCGAAUCUUGGUGAGAGAGGACGCCUGCAGACAAGCCAGUUGCAGAGAAUGGCCCCAGAUUAUGGAGAUAUUAGACUUUCUAUUCAAGAACUUCCCAACAUUAUACAUUUGGAAGAAGCCUUCACAUUCACAUGCAGGAUAAUAAAUGCAUGUGAACGUUCAAUGGAUUUGUUGCUUUCUUUGGAGACGCCACCAUCUUCAGGCUUGGUGUGGAGUGGUGUAUCAGGUCGACAGAUGGGGAAGCUUGAACCUGGAGCAUCAAUACAUUUACCCUUAUGUAUGGUGCCUCUUGCCACAGGAUUACAGAAUAUAUCAGGAAUACGGCUGACAGAUGUAUUUUUGAAAAGGACAUAUGAUUAUGAUGAUCUCGCUCAAGUAUUCGUUACACAAGCAACCGCAUAAAUAUAAUUCUGGCAUGUCAUAUUCUAACUUAAGAGCCAAUAAAAGGGAAAACUAUUUAAACUGGAAAUAAACUGAACAAAUUCACCUACUAAUGAAAUAUUCUAUGAAUAUACUCAUAAGUGAGCAGAGAUGUAAGGUUUACAACUUCAUCAUUUACAUAAACAGAGCACAGGCACUCAAGACUUGUAUGUACAUAUUGGUCUUCAGCCCUUAAUGUCAUGGCUCAGAUCUUAGUGGAAAAUUUGAUAAUUAUUCAGCUAGUCAAGAAAUUCCUUUUAUGGAAUCUAAAGGCUCAUAACACAAGUCUUCCACUGGACUGUCUCCUAGUCAAGAUUAAUCCAGUAUAUGAAGGCGGUCCAUUAUUAAAUUUACAAGUGCUUGUAUAUAGCCUGCACGUGACAUAUCAAUGUUGAUUAACCGCUGGAAUGAGGCUUCUGUGUGAUGGAUCACGACUUCACACUCCAGCCCAGACAGUGGCCUGGUUGCAAAAGUUGAAGUUCUGCAGCAUCCACCACAUAGUCCUGAUCUAGUGACAUAAGAUUUAUGUCUGUUCAGGCCUUUUAAGAACUUUUUAUCAGGAAGAAGAUUUGAGGACCAAAACACAAUGCAGAAAUCGGUUGUGCAGUACUUCACAUCCCUUGGAAAGGAACACUACCAGGAAGGAAUGUUUAAACUUGUAAAAUGAUGGGAUAAAUGUCUGAAUGCUAACCCUAAAUACGUGGAAAAAUAAACAUUAGUAUAUAGUGUUUCUUGACUUUAUUAAAUAUUUUUUUUUUUGCAGUAAAUAAGUUGCUGUGACUUUUAGUUAAUGAUCUCCAGCAAUAUUUGAAGUCACAACAGUUAUCACGUGUCUCUGUAGUCUAUAAGGAGAGUAGCAUGAAGAUGACCAGACCAACUAACAGCUAGUGAAAUAAGUCUGUUCAGCUUCUUCAAAAAUUCAUAUGUAUAUUGUGUCCUCAUUCUUAUGAUAUGCACACAUAAAGAUAUUAUGGGCAGUUAGAUGACACCCAGACUAUGGAGAAUUUCAUUAAUACUGUUUCAAGACUACAGUCCAAACUUCAUGCAACUUCAACAGAGUAGUCUUGCUAAGUGAUAUGUGAUAUGUACAGGGUUUGUCCAAAAAGUAAUGUCAGUGAUUUAAUUGUGAAGUGACUAUACGUCGCAGCGCACUCAGACCACUUGGGAUCGGUGGAGGGGGAAGUCAGCUUAUGAACGUGCGGUCACUUAGUCGUCUCUGAACUUCCUGACAGUGACGAAAGGCUUUUCCGUGAAACUCGUUUUUUUCUCCCGUGCAAGCCGCAAUGCAGCGCUCCUUGGAACAAAGGAUUGUCAUCAAGUUUUGUGUGAAACUUGGCAAAUCUGUAAUGGAAACUUUUCCCAUGAUAAGAUGGCCUUCGGUGAUGAUUGUUUGUCGGAAUGUCAGGUCUACCGGUGGCACAAGGCCUUUUUAGAAAGCCGUGAAGAGGUCGGUGAUGAAGCCUGCAGUGGACGGCCAUCAACAAGCACCACCGACGAAAAUGUGAUGUGUGUGAGAGAACUUUUGAACUCAGAACAUCGUUUGAGUGUUCGUUUAAUGGCACAGACAUUAAACAUUCCAAAAAGUACCGUUCACAAGAUUGUGACGAACAAUUUGCAGAUGCGAAAAGUGUGCGCAAAGCCGGUCCCCAAAGUGUUAACGGACGAUGUUAAUCAUUUGCAGUAGUCAGGGAACGGAAAGAAGUUUCUGUAGAAAUUCACAAAUAAAAGAAAAUGUUAUUGUCCAGAAGUA